GUUCUUCGGCCAGUGACCGUCGAAGAAGAAACGGGGUCAUCGGUGCUGCUCCAUUCAAGUGCUUCGGUCAGUUCGAGUCAAGUUCACGGUAAAAGUGGUACAUCAAUGCGUGCGUUGCAUCUAACCAGAAAAUUAAAGUGUUUACGCGACAAAGAUGGAUAAGUUUCUGUACUGGGUUGCCCUUUGCGUUCUUCCGACGGUAUUUUGCGGAAAGUACGUACCCAAAUGGAAGAAGCAGGCCUGUGAAUUGCCUUCAUCCCAUAGCGAGUACUCCCAUUAUAUUUGCUCAGACGAUGGUGAGGUGAAAUGCUUGCCAGGGUGGAACGGUGACCUUUGCGAUGUUCCAAAAUGCCGCUCUGGAUGCGAUCCAAUGCAAGGGUACUGUAAUCGACCAGGAGAGUGUCUAUGUAAGUUGGGUUACUACGGGAACAAGUGCAACAAGUGCAUUCCCUUGCCUGGAUGCCAGCAUGGAUAUUGCAAUUCCAGUUUUGAGUGUAUCUGCCACGAAGGCUGGGAUGGACUCUUUUGCUCUGAACCAAUUUGUCGCCAAGACUGCCACCAAGCCAGAGGGUACUGCAACGAACCUGGAGACUGCAAAUGCAGGCUAGGAUGGUCGGGAAGAACCUGCAAAGACUGUCAAGUCCUGCCUGGGUGCGUUCAUGGAUACUGCGAAAAACCUUUAGAAUGCAAAUGCUAUCCAGGCUAUUCUGGAAUACUUUGCCAAACCCCCAUCUGUUCAAAGACCUGCCACAAAGAGAGAGGAUACUGCAGGAAACCGGGAGAGUGCAGGUGUAAGGUGGGGUGGUGGGGCAAGAACUGCGAAAAAUGCUUUCCAUACCCGGGAUGCGUGAAUGGAACCUGCAACAGGCCCUGGGAGUGCAACUGCCAGAAAGGCUGGGGAGGAAUGCUUUGCAACGAAGCUCUAACAUACUGCGAAGAUAAUUCAGACAUUUGCAAAAAUGGAGCAAAAUGCGUCUCCCUCACUCACGACGAUGGCUCAUAUCGGUGCCUCUGCAGAGAAGGGACUUAUGGGCGACAUUGUGAAUUUUCCGAUCUUACCAUCAUGUCGCAAUCUCCUAUGAAUCUGAGCAGCAAACCUGGAACCAUUGACCUCAAGCCCGAGAAACCCUCUAGGCCUGAAAACGUUACCCUGGUUUAUCCUAUGGAAAGUGCUGCGGUUGUAACUGGCAUGAAAAAUCAGACUGUAGGAGAGCUGCCGACCAAUGCGACAGCGAAGAAUUAAUCCAGAUAAUUAUUUAUUUUUAAUAUAAGAAGUAUUUAUUUUUCACUUUAGUGUUUUAAUUAAAGCUAAAUUUUGGUCAAGCUGG